GUCCAGCUGAUCGCCUGGACCCAUAAAAACACGUCAACUGGCCAAAAAAAGUGAUUUUCCCCCCGAAUUUUCGAAAUUUUUCGCAUUAAAAACAGUUUUUGGGGAUUUUUUUUAGGAUCCUAGUGAUUUUCGGGUAUUUUAUAGUGACAAAAACGGUGGAGGGUGUAACUUGGUAUUUAUUUACGGGAAAAUGGGAUCGCUGACGAGCAGACAGAAUGCUGGGGUGGAAGAGGUGGACAUUGUCUCCAACCAUGCCUACAAGUACCCCCCGCGAUCAGGAAGUUACUUUGGAAGUCACUUCAUCAUGGGUGGAGAACGUUUUGACACGCCUCAGCCCGAGGCCUACCUCUUCGGUGAAAACGCCGACCUGAAUUUCUUGGGGAGUCGUCCCACCCCAUUCCCCUAUCCCCCACCACAGGGGAACGAUCCCACGAAGACCCUGAAGAGUCUCGUGAACAUCAGGAAAGAGUCCCUCAGGUUGACAAGGAGCUCGGACCAGCAUCCAACGUCUUCAGAGUCCAAUGACACCAUCAACGCUAUCAAACAUUUUGGCGAGAACGAUGUUGAUAAGAAAUCAACUAAAUUCAACAUCGAGUUCACCUUCGACUGUGAUGUAAGAUGUGCAAUAACUAUUUAUUACUUCUGCACCGAGGAGGUCACCACCAAGGGCGUCACGUACACACCCCGAGACCCAUCAAUGAAUUCCGAGACCUUCCACUACAAGAAAGGCGCCAACCAGCUCUUCACCCAGUCCUCCCACGUGUUCGACCCGACCCUCUACAACGAGGAGGACCUCAUCUACAACACUGAGCGCGAAAUAAUACCAAUAGCGAUUCACUGCGUCGCAGAAGAGGGUUCCGACGAGCCGCGUCAGUCUCACACGACGAUAGCCGUCGUCGAGAAGCACUCGGACGGCUCCUACAUCCUGAAGGCCCUGAAGCAGAAGCUGUACGUGGACGGUCUCUGCUACCUCCUCCAGGAGAUCUACGGCAUCGAGAACAAAAACACGGAGAACACGAAGCAACAGGGGAGUGACGACGACACGGAGGACAACGGCUCCGAGUGCGUCAUCUGCAUGUGCGACGUCCGUGACACCCUGAUCCUGCCGUGCAGGCACCUCUGCUUGUGCUACGGGUGCGCGGAUUCUUUGAGGUAUCAGGCGAACAACUGCCCCAUCUGCAGGGCACCCUUCCGAGCCCUCCUCCAGAUCAGGGCACUCCAGAAGGCGACUGGAGUGGUCAUUUCCAGCCCACCACUUCCUGAGGGAAAUUGUGAGAAUAUUCCAUCGGGUUAUGAGGCCGUGUCCCUGAUCGAGGCCCUGAAUGGCCCGUAUACACCCAGAACAGCUGCUCUACCCCCAGACUCACCUGACACUCCAGACACCGACACUGCCAGUGCGAUUCAGGCUGCCGAGGUCCUUAACAGAUCAGCUGAGCGGACACCAGUCCUGAAGCACGCAAAUCAGAAAGAGGGUGACCUUGGUGUGUCAUCAAGGUCAGGUGGCGUCACCCCCUGUCCAACCCCGGAAUUCCGUAUGUCCGUCCUCCUGGCGAGAGACGAGAGCCCACUCGGGCAGAAGGAUCUCCACGGAAGAUCCCCAGGGGUCAGGGCCAAGGUUCAAGGUCACUGUCGCGAUAAGACUGGCCACAAGGGCCGGGAUAUGUUGCGAUUGGUGAAUGAAAAACAACCGGCUGUUUACGAGGGUCAGGGCCAGGAUGAGGACAGCGAGGCCGAGAAACUCUCUCCCCUCUUGGACUCAGCAACCACCAAUGACAAUCACUCCAAUCAUCGCAUUUGUGACAUUGACCUUGACGAUGAUAUCCCCAAUGCCGAGACAGAGGGCGAUACGGAUAUGAAUUGUCACUCCCAUUGACAAAGGCGGAUAAACGUCUACACGAAUUUAAUGUCCGAAUCGCCCCUCAUUCGGAAAAUGCAGAAUCAAUAUUGAGGUGUGUGGGGGGAGGGGGAGAAACGUCCGUCUCCAGACCCUGGUCAUAAGCCCAUUUUGCCCCGUUAGUUCCUUGGCAAUCUUCGAAAGAAUAAUUUUCACCUGAAGAUUGGGAACGGGACGAAAUGAGGUUAUGACCAGGCCUUGGAAACGGGGAUUCCCCUGGCUAUUGAAUGGAAAUGGUCUCGAGGAUCCGUCGAUUAACCCUCAAAAUCGAUAAAUGCUGAUAACGGCAGCUGAUGGAUUGAUGACGCAAAUGACAGAUUUAGGAGUCUUCUGAUUAAUAAUGAGGAUAAAAUUAUGACUGGCUAUUGGACUUGAUAAAUUGAACAUAUAUUCCAGAACAAAUUGAAAUUGUAUUAUAAAUUUUUAUGUAGGUGCAGAUUAAUUUUAGAAUUUUUAUAUCGAAAAUGAUGAAAUAGUGAGUAUUGAGUAUUCGUAUUGAAAUAUUCUAGGCUUAAGUGUAGAUUAUUAACGUUAAAUGUCCAAUUUGUAUGUAAAUUGUAACUAGGGGGUAGUUUUUUUUAAUUAGUCGGUAAUAACUGAGCUGAGCAAAUUGUUUAAAUCGAGGUAAUAAAUGUAAUGCCAACAUA